AAAUUACCUUUUGCUCUGAUCCCGAGUGGAAAACCAACUCAGCAGCACAAGUCAGAGAAACUCAUCAGAGUGAUCAGAGAGGAUCCAUACCGAAGCGAGGCAGCAGAGGGAGAGAAGAAGAAGAAGAACACAGAAAGACGGGAUAUUCGCUUCUUCUCUCUUCCUUCAAUCUCUUUUCUUUCCUUCUUCCCUUGAAAUUCUUCUCUCCUUUUCUUCUUCUUUCCUUACCAAUUUCCGUCAUCCUUCAUCCUUCAUCAGCAUCGACUCAUUCAAUUUGCUGGAUUUGGGUCACUCAGUCAAUCAGGUAAAAAAAAAAAAAAACAAUUUCUUCUUAUCUCAUCCUUACCCUUUGCUGAUUUAUUGGCUUUUUCAUUGAUACUUUCAUUAAUUCUACUCCGUGAUGGGAUAUCAUGAUUCUUUUUUUCUUUCCCCCUUUUUUCUUUUCUCGUUCUUCGCAUGAAUUAUGUUGCUUUCUGCUCUUUCUGAAUUGGGAUUGGAUUAGGAUUUUAAAAUUGGAAUUACUUGUUGACUUGCAGUCUAAUCACCAUCCCUGUUUAUGCUUGGCAGUCGAGGACUCAUUGUUUAGUAUUAUUUUUUUCUCAUGUAAAAUUCAUUGUUGUUGUGUUGAGAUAAAUUUGUAUCUUUCUGGUUGUAAUAUUCAUAAAGCUUUUCUUCUAAUUUGUUUCAGCGUUGAGGUCCAUUUGAGGAGAUUUGUGGGCUGUGGCUCUGUCCUUGAGAAUUUGGUGCGCUUCCCUUUGUAACACAACUUAGAAUCUGGCUCUGAAAUGAGGGCCACUUUUAGGCCCUUUAGGCAUCUUAGAUCAGCCAAUAAAUACAGAGAAUAUACCAUCUCAAAUGGGUUGAGCGGUAGACAGCAUUUUGGGGUCUAUGGGAUCCGGAAAAGCUCGCAUUUUUGGAUUAAUAAGAAUGGUGGGUUCGCCUAUUCAAUGCUCCACUAUUCAGAUAUUUGGAGAUGUCAGCGACCGUCUUAUGUGAUUUCCAGUGCGUUGCAUACAGAUGCUGCUGCAGUAGCUGAUGGAGAGAUACUCAGGGGAGGACCUCUUGUGGAGUAUGAGCGAAGAAUUGCUAAUGGUGAACUGGUGGAUGGAGAUAUUUGUCAGUUAGGAACACUAAAAGAGCUUCAGAGACUCUAUGAUGAGCUGGUUGAGAAAGCUGAUGUCUGCAAGCUUGAUCGAUAUAUGACUUCUGAGAAAGCAGGGAGGAGCAGGUGGUUAUGGUCGCGUUUCAUACCACAGUCUUCAUAUUCUCCAGUUAAAGGGCUCUAUCUUUACGGAGGUGUUGGCACAGGCAAAACUAUGUUAAUGGACUUGUUUUUUGAUCAGUUACCUAGCAAUUGGAGGAAGAAAAGAAUUCAUUUUCACGACUUCAUGCUCAAUGUGCACAGCCGCUUGCAAAAGCACAAAGGUGUGUCAGAUCCUUUGGAAGUCGUUGCAGGAGAAAUAGCGGACGAAUCAAUUUUGUUAUGUCUUGAUGAAUUCAUGGUUACAGACGUUGCUGAUGCACUAAUUCUUAAUCGUUUGUUUAAACAUUUAUUCAGCAAUGGAUGUAUCCUUGUUUCCACAUCAAACCGUGCUCCAGAUAAUCUUUAUGAAGGUGGCCUGCAAAGGGAUCUUUUUCUGCCAUUCAUCGCUACUCUGAAGGAGAGAUGUGUGGUUCAUGAAAUAGGAUCAUCAGUAGACUACCGCAAGAUGACUUCGGUGCAGCAAGGUUUCUACUUUAUUGGGAAAGACUUGUCCUCCUUUCUCAAGCAAAAGUUUCACGAGUUGAUUGGUGAAGAGAGACCUGUUCCACAAGUGGUGGAGGUAGUGAUGGGGAGGACUCUGCAUGUUCCUCUAGGUGCCAAUGGUUGUGCCUACUUCCCUUUUGAAGAGCUCUGUGAUAGACCUCUAGGUGCAGCGGAUUAUUUUGGAUUGUUUAAGAAAUUUCACACUCUUGCUUUGGAUGGCGUGCCAGUUUUUGGACUCUCCAACAGGACUGCUGCAUACCGGUUUGUCACCUUGGUUGAUGUGAUGUAUGAAAAUAGAGCUAGACUGCUGUGCACGGCUGAGGGGAGUCCAAUGGAGCUUUUUGAGAAGAUAAUGACUAUUGCUGAUGCCCAGCAAAUGUCACCCAGAACAUCAUCUAGAUCAAGGAAAAGCGAUGUUUCGGACCUUUGUGUGGACAAUGAGCUUGGAUUUGCAAAGGAUCGCACUAUUAGCAGGUUGACAGAGAUGAACAGCAAGGAGUAUCUAGAGCAACACGCUGCAAUGUUGGUGGACAAGCCACGUUGGCGCUAAGGUCGCAGCAGGAUAAAUACUCGAGGGUUAAUGCACUGACAUUGUUUUGUAAAACCCUCCUGCGACUGGGAGCUGCUGUUGUGUGUAAAUCAUACAAUCAUGGUGACUGUUGUAUACGUCUAACCUCAGAAAGUACAUUCUGAUGAAAAUCCUUCAUUGUUUAAUAAGGUUCAUCAUCUGAUAACUUAUUUAUCAGUAACAUCAUUUCCAGAAACCAUAUUCUCAAGCCCAAUUUAUCACCGUUUCUAUGUAUUUGCAAACGGGGAAUGAGAAUUAUUGCGGCUGUCAUCCCCAAAAUUGAGUCAACAAAGAGGGUUUUCUUCAACCGGUGAGAUUUUAACUAAUUGCGGCAAUAGAUGGGACGCCUAAAUUACUACUACUUGUUUCAAGACAAGUAACUUUGGAUUAUUUAGUGGCAUUUUGAAAUCAAAUAAAAACAAUAUUGCUUGUAAAAAAGUUCAUUCUGUUCUGAGAAUAGAAGAAAUAUGGUGAUGAUAUAUUUUCAAAAUGCACACCAAUCUAAGACACAGGACCAACACUUCUACUACUCCUUUUCGCAUAAUAGGUUGGAUCUUUUUUAUGAAAGUAUGAAAC